GAAUCCUUGCAGUCACGAAAGCUUUAAAUCAUUGCACCAAUGUUCCCCAAAAACUGUAGAGUGUAAUAUAAUAGGAUAACAAAAAGCCUAACAUUGGCAUGGAGCUCAUCUUUAACCUGGCAACCUAAACUCAGAAGUGGAAAUUCAACAUUUCUAUGAUGGACUGUCUGCCCGGAGGACAACCACUGAUUGCUUAUCACCAAGGUGUUACAGUGUCCAUGCCAUGUUAUCAACAAGCUGGUGUAUGCACAGAGCUCGGCUGCUUGGAUUUUGUCGCGAUGUAAGAGAUUUCUCAAGGCAUUCGUGAUCACUUCCAUGAUAUUUACUCAAACAGCCUUGAAUGAGACACUCCCAGCAGCAUGCAAUUGUUCAAAUUCAGUGGCGUAGUAACGACAUUACCAACUCAGGGGCUGCAGAAAUCGGUCAGGUGGGUCCCCAAUGUUUGAUUCGUCUCACAAGGUCGCACAUGGGCUAUUAUAUAUCGCCGUUUCCUCAACAACAACAUAGAAACACACAAUCACUUUGCGAAAGCCAAACGGUAGUGCUUUAAUAAAAAAAAAACGUGAAACGUGAAUGAAAGCAUUUUUUUAAAUAAAACAAUUAAUUUAAAUCGCGUUUUAAAUAAGUGCUGUUGUUCUUAUACACUGUUGUUGAAAACAGAUCUCACGGUGGUUGUCAGACAGACCCCAAAUCACAGCUUUGGCCAUCAGACUGACCUUGAAGAAAUUUGAUCGUUUUGGAUCAAGAUUGCUGUUGGCCAAAGAUUCAGUCUCGUGCCACGUUUCGUCUGACUUUUUUUUUUCCGGGCCAUAUUCCAUCCGCCUAUAAUAUCACCUACCUGCCUUCCACGGAUAUAUAAUACACCCUCGGAACAACUCGGCCAUGUGUGAAUAGCCACAACAUGUCUGAAACGUCCAAUGUACAAAAACUAAACCUGUCAGAGGAUUCAGAUCCAAUGUAUGCUAGUCUGCAUGAAAUUACUUCAGAAACAGUGGAGGAUGUUAUAUACAUCAGGAUGUUUUCCAGUGAGAAUGGAGAUGCAGGUCACAACCUCGAUGCGAAGCAAACGAAUCUCAAAGAGCUCAAAAAGGAGCCUUUACAUUCUAAACUAAAUAAUAAUGCUUCACAACCAGACAGCAAUCCACCAGGUGAGACUAAAAACAUAGGCGUGGUGGGAAAAGACGAGUUCAAACAUGUGCCUACCACCACGGUGCCACGCGAAAACACACGCUACUGCCAGAAGCUCAUGGCACUAAUUGCAAAUGUGGAUGUUAAAGCGAAACAGAGAUCCGCCACAUCACUCCAAGAAGACACGUACGGUGUUCACAGGGAUGCUGAAGCAAAAUUUUCAGAAUAUGACUCCUCGUCCUCUGACGUGAGUGACCAUACAUAUGAAGCUACAGAUUAUGAGGGAAUAGACAGAUACAGCAACUGGUCUCUAAAGCACAGCCUUUCGCUGCCAGAUGACGAAUCUAACGAAUUAUACGAUCCCCAAACUACAAACGAAUUGAGCAAAAACGAAGACAAACGUGCACCUUUGUCGAAGGAGAAGCCCAAAAGCCUUGACAUACCCACACGCAGUGACGAAUCCCCGAUCUAUUCUGUCCCAAAUUCUCCGCCACGCAGACACGAAAAACGCAUUCACGUUGAAAACGAUUGCCCACACCCAGACUUUUCUCCAAACAUACCAGUGAACGCUGCCGGGUACGCUGAUGCCGACACUAAGGGUGAAGAAAGUGAAACGGUGUCCCCCGCAUAUCAGUUCAAACAAGCGGGCGGUCGCCGUGCCAUGAAGCCUGGCCAUAAAAAAAAAUAGCUUCUCAACCUCUCGGAGGGCGUUUGACUUUUCAUCUCCACUUGUAACUGUUCGCCCGGCUUUCUUAAUAUGCUGCCCUAUAGCUGUGUCUAAAGACCCUCUGAUGUUAGCUGCUACAUCGAGCCAGUAUCGCGAUCUACAUGUAUCCCUCGAACCUCGACUCUGGGACGUGCAGCAUGAAGGCGUCAUUGAGGAGGCCGGGGACAGCCAAGCAAGCGGUUCUUUCUCUCUGCUCGCUUCACCUCAAGAAACUCCCUGAACAGCACUCGGCAGAACAAUGGGGGUGGGGGGGGGGGCAGUGACCUCAACAAGAUUCUGAUCUGGAAGACUUUACCAAAGCCGACGAUUUGACUCCUUGCUACCAAUGAUCAUCGUCCAUUAUCACUGUCAGCCAUCAUUAUCAUCAUCGCCACUAAGAUCGUGGGUUGCCACCUCCUCUUGUUUUCCCAGGACUGCCUCUCUUGUUUUUGUGUUUGAGGUAGCAACUGUCCUGGAAAACCUGUAAGUCUUCAGGCAGGAAACGGCAGAACUUCAACAAUCUUAGCAGUAAAAGGUUUUUACCCUUUUAGCUGGCACAAAAACUGAAACCUUUAUACAAGGGAUCAUGUUUGCAAUAACCACAAC